AUGGCUGCAGGACGCGAUUCAGCACCACCCCCAAGAACGCCCUCACGCAUCCCACACCUCCCACGGCCCAUAAAGCGCGGCGUAGCCCCGGCCUACCAACCGCCAGGCAAACCCGCCGGCGGCGGCCCGGCGACCCCCCUGAACACAAAGCGCAUGAUAUGGACCGGCGCCUUCGCAGCCGUGACCUUCGUCGGCGCCGUCUACGGCGCGGGGCUGAAGACGCAGCAGGAGUACCAGGCCGAGAAGAAGCAGAUCCAAGAAGCGCCCAUCGAGGACCGCAUCCGCGGGCUCGAGGACCGGCGCGCGACGCUCGUGGCGCAGAAGAUCCCGCUGGAGUGGAAGUUGGAUGCGCUGCGGGCUCGGAUGCGGGCCAAGGAGAUGAAGGACGCCGAGGAGAACCAGCCUUGA